ACCCCGCCCACUUUCAUUUCCGGAUUCUUUGCUUUCGCAAAAUGGCCGCCGCGCCGAAUCUCUGAAGCCUUUCGAGAUUUUUUGACAUCUCUUCCUCCCCCUUUUCCUACAUCCUCCCCUUUUCCCCUCCUGCUCCUCCGGCCUGGAGAGCCGAAAGAUCCGGUACAACGAAACGUUUUGCCUUGUUACUUUCCGGGGGACGCUUGGCAGGGGAGGGAGGAAAUCGGAAGCACUGGCAGCAGCAGCAGGAGAGCCAGGUCCAUAACCUUAAGAACUUUACCAAAGAGGAAACAGAUGUAUUUUAUAAGGCCAAAUCCAGACAGCAGUUCACUGGAGGACCAAGCAGCAGAAAGGAUCAGCAUUACAGUUUCUUACUAAAUUUAAAACUUGAUCUGCCUUUAAAAUGUUCAGACAUGAGGAUUUGUCUGGAAUGCACAGAAUGAUGCGUCCAGUCUCAAGCAAUAACGUGGCUUUCUGUGCGAGCGGCAAGUCCUCUUGCCUCAGCCAAGACCCCAUGAGAGGCGUCGAUCAGUUUGGCUUGUAUCCCACACAACAGAGCAAGUUCAGCCAUACUGUUACCCACAAGAAUAUCUCCUGCCAAACUCAAGAAGCUAUUAAUGAAACACACUUGCAAACGUCAACCAGCAGGGACCUAGACACUAAAAGUGAUUUAAAGAAAAAGAAGAACGUAGGGAGAUCUGGCAAGCGUGGUAGGCCAUCUGGGACCACCAAAUCAGCAGGCUACAGAACCAGCACUGGAAGACCUCUGGGAACCACCAAAGCUGCUGGGUUUAAGACAAGUCCGGGUAGACCAUUGGGCACAACGAAAGCAGCGGGAUACAAAGUCAGCCCAGGGAGACCUCCAGGUAGCAUAAAAGCUCUAUCACGGCUUGCAAAUCUAAGUUACCCUAGUAACAAUGCAGCAUUUCCCUACCCCACAGCACUUAGCAGAGAACUACAUUCUGCUGUGGAACCUACCCUCAAACAUCCUAUUGAGUAGAAAUCACAAGGAAAAAAGCAGCAAGCCCUCAUGUGUUCCAGUGAUGCGUAGGACAAAAUGCUGUGGAUUUAUUGCGAAACGUUACAGUAGGAGGUGGUCAUUUAUAUAUUCUGGACCUCAAAACACCACACACGACUAUGAGAAUGACCGUACUACCUUUGCACGGGUCAUAGUUUUCCAUACGUUUACUCAUCCGGAUGACUACUUGUUGGUUUUUUAUCUUCUGGCAGCUAAAUGGAUACAGAAUAUCGAUUCUUUUAAUUACAGUUGUUUUUCCCAUUGGUAAAAGUACGAAUCAUAUUAAAGGGAAAAUGUCACCUCUUUAUUUUGGGGUUUAGACAGGCAGUUACAGGACUUAAAAUCAUGUAGUGGUCAAAGUAAAUUGCAUAACCAGUCCUAUAGAGCGGAGUGUAAAGCCGACAUCAGUACUAAA